AUGUCGCAAAGAACCUCCGUCCGAACCUAUGGCAAACGGGCCAGGAAGCCCCGGCCGGGGAAGGCUUUGGCGGAGCUGGACGUGAACGUCUCCAUAAGCACGACCACCUCGAAGAGCACGGAGUCAGAUGACACCAUCACCAAGAUCACGAAGAAGCUCAAAGAUGUUACAAUCCAUGAUGGACAGAAGACCAAGUCCUCGGCGAAGCCAAAGGCCGCCCCGCCAGCAGCUGCGCCUUCGCCACAGCCACCACAGACUCCCAGAAGACCCAACCAACCAGACAUACCAAGCCUGGCUCCCACACCUCUAGAUACCCAGGAGGACUCCAAAAUGCUGUCAUGGGAGGACGUUUGCCCCUUUGGAGACCGGAUCGAGAAGAUCGCCGAGGCAUCUUAUGCGGAAGUCUACCGGAUCACAAACGACCGAGGAACCAGCAUUAUCAAGGUGAUACGGCUGGACUCGCCGAUAAAGCCGCAGACCAAAGCACAGCAGAAAUCUGGACUUGUCGACGAGGAGCCCCACAGUGGAGAUGACCUGGCGGGAGAGCUGCACAUCUCGGAGCUCCUGGCGGACAUUCCAGGGUUUGUCAUCUACAAGGAGAGAUACACUGUUCAGGGCAAGGCCACGCCAGCCCUAUUGGAAACACAUCAGACCUUCCACAAGAAGAUGAAGCGGAAGGACCCAGAUCGCUUGCAAUUCUACCCGUCCCCGAGCCGGUACCUGAACGACACCAAGUUCCUCGUUGUCGAGCUGGGUGAUGCUGGGACGGCACUCGAGGAUCUGGAGAUUCUCUCCGUUGAUCAGAUAUGGGACAUCUUUCUGCACGUCGCAGUCGCACUCGCGCGGGCCGAGAACCUGGUGAGAUUUGAGCAUCGCGAUCUGCAUGAAGGAAACGUUUGUGUCCGUGAGGUCAGAAGCCCAAAGGCGAAAACAGACAGGUCUCCAUGCCGCUUCGGAUACUCGGGGCUGGACGUGACUAUAUUAGACUACGGCCUCUCGCGGGCAGAAGAUAUCGAAGAUGUCUCCGCCCGGCCCAUCGCCCAGGACCUGGAGAAAGACCUGAGCCUGUUCAUCAGCACCCACGCGGCACAGUGCAAGGUUUACCGACAGAUGCGCUCAUAUCUGCUGAAAGGCGACCGCGUAUGCCUACCGCCCAAAUCACACAACAAGCCCUACGAGAAGGGUGUCAACGGACGAAUAUCAUGGAAGCAGCAUCAUGCAUACACCAACGUCCUGUGGCUAGCAUAUCUGUACGAAUACCUCGUCAAGAACUUCAAAGGCGGGAAGAAGGAGUUGGCGUUGUUCCGACGAGAGUCACAUGAGUUCUGGACACAUCUCAACCCUGAAGCGCCACCUGAGAUCUUGUCGUUCUCGAGUGCCGAGGACGUGGUCGAGUUCGCAGUGGAGGCAGGCUGGAUAGAAGAAGACCAGCUGGUCGGCCCCAAUGGCGAUACGAGUCUUUCUCAGAUCGGGGACGAGAGCAUAAUAGAAAUACGAACGUCCCGGAGAGACGAGGUGAGUCUAAGGAGAUCACCAAGGCGGCGUGCUCAGCCUCCUGUGGACUGA